AUGAAAUUUUUUGAAUCCUUGUAUUCAAUGCCUACCAAGCAGAGAUCUCCAUUCACGGUCUUUGCCAGGGACUUUUUCCAAAGUAAUAAUUACAAAUACACAAGUUGUGUCGAUACUGCCUUGAAUAUGAUGGCUGUAUGGAAGGAAAUGCCGGACGAGGAGAGGAAUAUGUAUGUGGAAAAAUGCAAUAAAGAUCUUGAGGAAGCCAAUGAGUUGGAUGGCUGUGACGACGGCAAUUUAGUCAAUGAUACAAACACGAUAAAGAAGCUAAGAAAAUAUGUUAAAAUACGGGAUAUACAGCGAUGGGAGUGUUCAGGAUAUCUUUUCUUUGUAAACGAACUCUUCGACAUCUGUGGCGACAUAAAUGUGUCUCCAGAAGAAAACGUUCGUAUGUUCAUUAAGAUGUGGAACUCGUUGGAUGAAGAUGUGCAGGGCAGAUACAGAAGCAAUGCACUAGAGAUGUGGAUGAAAAAGUCUAGGAAGAAAAAAAGAAGCACAAAAGACAGCCGACCCCAGAGGGACUCGAACCCUCAACCUUCGGCUCCGUAG